AUGCCAAUCUCGCUUCAUCUCGCGCCUAGUCCGUGUGGUUCGCCACACAUAGUCAUCUCAAGUGCAUUGUUUUCUAAUGGUUUUCGGCAUUGUCCCGCGCGAGCCGGGAAACAAGGCCUCGCGGCCGCGCAACCCGUUUCGCGUACCACGGCCGAUGCAUCCGUCCGAGCCGGGAAAAACGUCCCACGUCCGGCCGAGAAACCAUCGGCCAAAUCUCAUCCGCCGACCAGCCGGCCGACCGUGAAUCCAUCCGGCCACGACCGUUCCGACUCGGCCACGACCCGACUGUCCGGCCGAUCGUCCCGACCGACCGUCCCAACGCCGCGGUCGACCCGAAGCCCGUUUUGA